AUGCUCGAAACAGCAAACUGCCUCUGUGAUAUUAUUCAGUUCACAAACUUCCAGAUAGCUAUUCUCCGUGAACUGCGUACACGGUGUACACAAAAUGUGUUAUUUCUCUGCAAUUGCCGGUGCUACAGGUUGAUAGGCGGUGUGGCGAUGGGCUCGCCGCAUGGCCCAUUUCUCUCAAAUGUCUUCAUGGGCAAGAUCGAGGAAACACGUCACAGGGAGACCACCAAUGACCUUGCAUUUUACGGUCGAUAUGUGGAUUAUACCUUCUGUCCGACAGACUACAACAUUAACACCAUCGCCCUCGUCCAGUAG